GAGCUUAAGCUUCCCAUGAUGCUCCGCGCGGCGUCAACUUUAACCGCAGGGCGACUGAGCAGUAGCUAUGGCUGCGCCCAGGCCGGAGGUUCUGUCUGAGCAGUCUCCCGCGGCCGCCCCCGAUUUGGAUUGGUGUGAGAAGUCGGAAGAAACUCACGCUCCCCAGGUAGACCCCGAGACGGCCAUCACGUCACCCCAGGAACCUUCCAAUGCUUCGGAGCCCUUCUGCCCGAGAGACUUGGUGCCGGUGGUUUUCCCUGGGCCUGUGAGCCAGGAAGGCUGCUGCCAGUUUACUUGUGAACUUCUAAAGCAUAUCAUGUACCAACGCCAACAGCUCCCUCUGCCCUACGAACAGCUUAAGGACUUCUACCGAAAAUCUUCUCCCCAGGCAGAGGACUCUGUAAGGAAGAAACCUAGGCUCACCACUGAGGUGAGCAGCAGGAAGUGUCAGCAGACCCUGGCAGAACUGGAGAGUGUCCUCAGUCACCUGGAGGACUUCUUUACCCGGACACUGGUCCCUCGGGUGUUGAUCCUCCUUGGAGGCAAUGCCCUCAGCCCCAAGGAGUUCUAUGAACUUGACUUGUCCAGGCUGGCUCCCUUCAGUGUGGACCAGAGUCUGAACACAGCGGCUUGUUUGCGUCGUCUCUUCCGGGCCAUCUUCAUGGCGGAUGCCUUUAGUGAGCUGCAGGCGCCUCCACUCAUGGGCACCAUUGUCAUGGUGCAGGGGCACCGUGACUGUGGAGAAGAUUGGUUUCGACCCAAGCUCAACUACCGAGUGCCCAGCCGGGGCCACAAACUCACGGUGACGCUGUCCUGUGGCAGACCUUCCAUCCCAGCCGUGGCUUCAGAGGAUUACAUUUGGUUCCAGGCACCAGUGACACUUAAAGGUUUCCAUGAGUGACUGAAUGAGGACAAUGGCUGCAUUGUCCCGGGGUAGCAAGGUGCCCAUCUCAUGUUUGGAACUGAAGCUGCUUCCUGGUGAGGGAGGAAGUCUCUGUCCGGGUAUGCCUCCUCUCCCAGACUGCCUGGUGACUGGUAUGUGGCUGUGGCUGUGAUAAUCAACCAGGCAAAGUCCCAGAAUCAACGAAUGACUCCCAGAGGCCUCUGGGCCUGGUAGUUCUGGUCAGACUAGAGAGCAUGGAGGGGGACCUUCUCUGCUUUAUUCUGUGACUUCAGAGCUGUUUGACACCAGGGUCAUAGCUUGGGUGUGAAUUUAAAUAUGAAAUGAAUAGUUGUAUUAAAUUUUCCUAACAUUUUGACUUAGA